GCGCAUGCGCUGUUAUUAAUCCUGCUAACCUCCAACAUGGCGGCGAGGGGCCAUGUGCAAGACCCUAACGACAGAAGACUGAGACCUAUUUACGAUUAUCUUGAUAAUGGCAAUAACAAGAUGGCGAUACAGCAGGCUGACAAGCUGCUCAAGAAGCACAGGGAUCUUCACUGUGCCAAAGUUUUAAAGGCUAUUGGUCUGCAGCGCACUGGGAAGCAGGAUGAAGCCUUCGCUCUGGCUCAAGAGGUGGCCAGCCUGGAGCCCACUGAUGAUAAUUCGCUCCAGGCGCUAACUAUUCUCUACAGAGAGAUGCACCGGCCGGAGUUGGUGACCAAGUUGUAUGAAGCAGCAGUCCGGAAGGUUCCUACCAGCGAAGAGUACCACUCGCAUCUCUUCAUGGCAUAUGCACGUGUUGGGGAGUACAAGAAAAUGCAACAGGCAGGAAUGGCUCUUUAUAAGAUUGUUCCCAAAAACCCCUAUUACUUCUGGUCAGUUAUGAGCCUAGUGAUGCAGGCCAUUUCAGCCCAGGACGAGAAGCUCUCCCAGACAAUGUUCCUGCCUCUCGCUGAGCGCAUGGUAGAGAAGAUGGUCAAAGAGGAGAAGAUUGAAGCCGAGGCAGAGGUGCAGUUGUACUUCAUGAUCUUGGAGCGUCUGGGGAAAUACAAUGAGGCGCUAGAAGUGUUGCGAGGGCAGCUUGGCGAGAAGCUCACUAGUGAACUGCAGAGCCGGGAAAACAAGUGCAUGCUGCUGUACCGCCAGCUAAAGCGCUGGCCUGAGUGCAGUGCCCUGUCACGCAAACUGCUUCUCAAAAACCCUGAUGACUGGCAGUUCUACUUGUCAUACUUUGACUCUUUAUUCCACCUCAUUGACCAGAGCUGGACGCCUCCAGAGGAAGGAGACCAUUGUAUUGAGGGUGAAGUGCACUCUUCAGUGGCCCAGGCAAUCAGUUUUGUGGAGGAACGGCUAGCAGCAGAGGACGGGAAGGAGUCCCGGCCACUCAGGGGUCCCUACCUUGCUCGUCUCGAGCUCAUACAGCGUCUCCGCCAGAGGAGCUGCUCACAGGAACAGCAGCUUGGUGAGCCUCUCGAGCUGAUGUUUCAGUUCUUUGUUAAGUUUGGGGACAAGCCAUGUUGCAUCACGGAUCUAAAGGUUUUUCUGGACCUUAUCGUACGGGACCAACAUGUCCAGUUCAUUAACAGGCUGACGGAGGCGGUGCCCCUCGGGGCUGCGAAUGAGGCUGGCAUGGCCCUUCCAGGAGACACGCGCUCACUGCAGAGGCACCUGUGUGUAACACAACUCGGCCGCUGCCUAGGCCUGCAGCACACACUCGGUCCUGAUGGCAAAUUGGCCCUCAUCCAAGAGCUCAAGCAUCACUACCGCCAUGGCUUACAGUUUGGAAAGUCCUGUUUAAAAACGGAGCUGCAGUUUUCAGACAUGUACUGCCUCAUGGCUGCUCACGUCUACAUAGAUCUUUGGAUAGAGACUGGUGAUGAGCAAAUGUUGUGGCAGUGUCUAGGGCUGCUGGAGGAAGGUCUGUCACGCAGCCCCUCUAAUGCGCAGUUCAAGCUGCUGCUGCUGCUCCUCUACUGCCGUCUGGGAGCCUUUGAGCCCGUAGUGGACCUUUACUCCAGCCUGGAUGCCAAACACAUUCAGCAUGACACCAUAGGGUACUUAUUGACUCGCUAUGCAGAGUCCUUGGGCCAAUUUGCUGCUGCUUCUCAGUCCUGUAACUUCUCCCUCAGGUUUUUCCAUUCAAACCAGAAAGAUACCUCAGAAUAUAUUAUUCAGGCAUAUAAGUAUGGUGCAUUUGAGAAGAUCCCAGAGUUCAUUGCGUUUAGGAAUCGACUGAAUAACUCGUUGCACUUUGCCCAGGUGCGGACAGAGAGGAUGCUGCUGGAUCUCUUCUUGGAAGCAGACAUAUCAUCCACUUUAGAGGAAAUCUUGAAGUCCAUGUCUCUGUGUCCUGAAGAAGACGACAUUCCAUGGGACAACAUAAGGGACAACCGGGAUCUCACUGUCUUUGUCAGCUGGAAUCCAAAAGACCGACAGCUGAAUGAGGAGGACAGGCAGCGCUCUCUGGAAGAGGAGCUGCUGUGGCUUAAGAUUCGCUCUCUGACUCUGAGGCUUGUAUGCUGCCUCUCCUCACUGUGCCACCCUCCGUCACUGCACAACUCGGAGAAAACGGCCGAGAAUGGCGUGUGUGCCAAACCCUCAACCCUGCAGCCAUUGCUUUCACUGCUGGAGAACACGCUCAGCCAGGCAGCUCAGUUCACCGAAAAGCACUCGCAGCAGCCGUACCCGUUGCUCGGUCCUGCCUCCACUCGGAUGGCGCAGGCUCUGGCCAGUGGAAGUUGCCAGUGUCAGCUGUCUGCCCUGCAGCUGCCCCUUCACCUACAGGAGCUCGAGGCCACCGGUUUGGAUCAGUCAGCAGAGCUUCAAGCUCAAAUAUCAAACCUCUUCAAAUCAUUAGCAGUACAGCUUCAAGAUAUGCUGAAUAAAUGCAAAGGCAAUUUGUUGGAUGUCAAAGACAACCGAUGUAAGACACAGCCUUCUCUAUUAGAAAACCUCGUCUACUUUGUCGAGACGAUUUGUGUUGUCCUUUGGGUGUCUAGUUACUGUGCUAGCACACUGCGACCGCUCAAGUCUAGCUUACAGAAGAAGAAGAAAAAGAAAAAGGACACCAGUGCAGUAACACCUGUGGUGCUCUCUGGGUUCCAGGAAUUCACUAGCAGCCUGCAGAACAUCCUCAGCCAAGCUCUAGAUCACAUUAAAGAUCAGGAGAGCAGGCUAACGGCUCUGAAGCUGGAGAGUUUGUCUCUGGAGGGCUUCACGCAGACUGAGGAGGAGAGCGCCUUCACGAAGACUGUGAUGGAUAAAAUGCAGAGCAGCUACCAGCGCUCACUUCAGGAAGUCGGGGAGCUGCUGAGGAAACGAAGUGACACCCUGAAAUCCCUGAAGAUCUGAUCGUCAGCCUGUCUCGCACCUCUGUUUCUCUCGUCCUUCAAAACAGUCCAUUCACUUUUCCUCGUCUUCGCCCUUUUCGGACGUCCCCCAGCCCCCUUCCACAGGAACGCACAAAACUCCCGACCGCUUCAGCACAACCAUCUGCAGCGUUCUGAGCCACCGAUCAAGUGGAUCCCCCUGUCCUCAGAAUGCUAGAGAGCUACGUAGGCAAACCAAUAAGCAAUUUUAGAAGAGCUGCUCUAUAAAUUAUUGUACAUAGUGUGAAGACUCACUCGAACUCGGAAUAAAAGUGAACUGCUUUGUUUUUCCAUCGCUGUCUGAUGAUCUAUGUUUGUUGGUAUCUAGCAGUCGAUGCCCCUCUACCCACCGUCCCCAUCAGCACCUCCUCCUCCUCCUGAGACCAUGCCAGAGCUCGACCCGAUGGUUUUCAGCAGACGAGUGGCUAAGCCGCUGAUGGUGCUUCAGUUUGGAGCUUUCAAAAGUGUGUGUGUGUGUGAGAGAGAGAGAGAAAUCACAUUUGCUUCAAAUUGUCCUUUGAGCAACACAGUGGAUGGAUGUUGCUUCAAUGAUUUGAUUGAUUUGCAGUUUCAGUUUUAUAUUGCAGCAACUGAUGCUGAUGAGGGGUGUGUGUGUACACAAAACACUGCAAGAUGUAGCUUUCCUGCGUAAUGGUUUGCUCUCCAACUGCAGGAACCAUUUACCUGAAGUAGCGCUUACUAUGGGGUUCGUCUCAGUUAAUUCACUGAUCAGUGAUCUCGCAUAGAUGUAAAUGUUCAUACGGUCUUUGCAAUCCUGGAUUUUUUUUUAAAACAAAACCUUGCUCUUCACGCAGGCCAUCUGUUGUGUUACGUUACUAAUGUCACUCAUUAAAAAGGGGACAAACACUUUUUUAAAGAUGCAUUAUGUUUACUGUUUAUACUGUUUUAGAAAAAAAAUGUAAAUUGCACUGAGGUUCCCUGAGAUUGUGAGGAUUUUUUUUUUUUUUAAUCGAAGCAUACCAAAAAAAAAAAAAAGGGCAAAGAAAUCAUCACUAUAAAUGUGCAAGCGGCUGAAGUGGUUGUUCGUGUGUUGAUUUGUGAUAAGGGGAGUGAAACAACUGUUUACAUAUUGCGUUAGAAGGAAACGACAGACUUAUUUAUAGUUGGGGUAGUACCGUAUGUGCUGCAGCUUUGCUCUGCUUUUGAGUUGUGUUUGGGUAGAGGGGUCAAACUUUUUUUUUUUGUUUGUUUGUUUGUUUGUUUGUUUCUUUUAAUCGAAUGAACGGUGAGGGAGUAUUGUGCUGUGUGAAUGAAGUUUUUGUGGCGCUCGACUCCAAGUUCUCUGAACUGACAUCCUAGCAGACAUUUUAUUUCUGGACUGAAGAGCUCGCUUUGAGAUGCCGAGAAGUGGUUGACAAUCUUUUCUUUUUUUUUUUUUUCUCCCCCCUCCCUCUUUUGUUAGAAAAUAUUUAAAAAAAAAAAAAAAAACAAAGGAAAAUAAAAACACUGGAAUGUGACAGGAUGGAUUUUUUUUUUUUUAAAUAAAACAUACCAUAAUAAAAUGUGAA